CUGAUCUGAGAAGCCCAGCAAAGAUGCUUCAGGUCCCGAGCCCACCCCAGCCAUGGCCUCGGAGGGGGCCGCUGCUCCCGCUGCUCCUCUCUCUGGUCCUGUGCGCGCCACUGCCCAGCCCUGUUUCUGGAGCUUCCUUCUUUGGGGAGAACCACCUGGAGAUGCCCCUCAAUGAAGCCCUGAGUGAGAUUCACGUGAAGCUCCAAUUCUCCACAGCCCAGCCAGAAGCCCUUCUCCUCCUGUUAGCCGGCCCAACCGACCACCUCCUUGUAGAAGUCCGCUCUGGCAGCCUGCAGAUCCGACUAGUCCAGGGAAAUGAAGAAACCACAUUGCAGUCCCCUGAAGAAGUGCCACUCAAUGACCUGGGGACACACGACGUGGAGGUGAUGGUGGCAGAUGGCCAGGUCUCCCUGACAGUUGAUAACCUCUUCAAUUCCUCUACGACUGCCCCUGAGGUUCCCCUAGAGGCUUCCUAUGGUGUUUUUGUGGGAGGGCCCGGGAGCCUGCAUCUCUCCUACCUGGCCCAGGCCAGCCGCCCACUCCGAGGCUGCCUCCAGGAGGCCUCCCUCAAUGGCCUGGAUAUCCUGGCCCGGAUGGCCGAAGGAGUAAGGGACGGCUGCGCCACCGAGUUCUCGGCCAGUGAAGACGAGGCUCUGGGCUUCACGGGGCCCCGGGCCCUGGCCGCCUUCCCCACCUGGAGUACUCGAGACGAGGGCACUCUGGAGUUCACGCUAACCACACGGGUCAAGCGAGCGCCACUGGCAUACCAGGCGGGGGGGCCGCAAGGUGACUUCAUCUACCUGGAGAUCUUUGACGGACACCUGCGGGCCAUAGUGGAGAAGGGCAACGGGGCUGUCAUGCUGCACAACAGUGUCUCAGUGGCAGACGGGCAGCCCCAUGAGAUCAGUGUCCACGUGGAUGUGCACAUGCUAGAGAUCUCUGUGGACCAGUACCCCACUCGCACUUCCAACCGGGGUGUCCACAGCUACCUGGAGCCUCGAGGAAGCCUGCUGCUGGGGGGUCUGGACAAAGAGGCCACCCGCCGUCUGCGGGAGCACAGGCUGGGCCUGGCAUCUGCCAUCGCCAACACAUCCCUGGUGGGCUGCCUGGAGGACCUGAUCGUCAAUGGGGAGAGACAAGGACUGCAGAGGGCACUGGUUACCCGCGACGUCACUGCAGGCUGCGGAGUCCUCGAGGAUGAGUAUGAGGAUGACGCCUAUGAGGUGUAUGAGCUGGCAUCCACCUUGGCGCCUGAAGCCUGGCCAGGCCUGGAGAUGCCGGAGCCCUGCACCCUGGAGGCAGGACUCCCGUCCAUCUUCACCAACUUCACCAAGUUGCUGACCCUGAGCCCCCUGGUAGUGGCAGAGGGGGGCACAGCCUGGCUGGAGUGGAGGCACGUUCAGCCCACAUUAGAUCUAAGCGAGGCCGGCAUCCGGCAGUCCCAGGUACUGUUCGGGGUGACUCGUGAAGCCCAACACGGGGAGCUGGAUUUCAGCAUCCCUGGGGCUCAAGCCCGGAAGAAGUUCACUCUCCUUGAUGUGGUCAGUCGGAAGAUCCGUUUCAUCCAUGAUGGAUCCGAGUACCCCGAGGACCAGCUGGUGCUAGAGGUCACAGUGAUGACCCAGAGCCCUGUGCCUCAGUGCCUCCGGCAGGGCCAGACCUACAUACUGCCCAUCCGCAUAAACCCCUUGAACGACCCGCCCCGGGUGGUCUUCCCCCAUGGGAGCCUCAUGGUCAUCCUGCAGCACACACAAAAGGCCCUCGGGCCUGAAAUUUUCCAAGCCUAUGACCCAGACACCGCCUGUGAGAGCCUUACCUUCCAGCUCAUUGGAAGCCAGCACCUGGAGGGUGGUACGGUGGAACGCAAUGACCAGCCAGGCGAGCGGGUUGCUGAAUUCUCCUGCCAGGAGCUGGAAGCAGGUAGCCUGUCCUACGUCCACAGAGGCGGCCCCACCCAGGAUAUCUUGUUCCGUGUCACUGACGGCGUGGACACCAGCCCCGUGGCCGUGCUGCGGGUGGUGGCCAUCCGGCCCACCAUCCAGAUCCACAACAACACGGGGCUGUUAGUGCCACAGGGCUCCUCUGUGCCCAUCUCAACUGCCAACCUGUCAGCCGAGACUAAUGCCGUGAACCAGGAGGUGAGCAUCUUGUACCGGCUUACCAAAGCCCUGCUCUAUGGGGAGAUCCAGAAGCAGGGUGCCAGUGGAGCAUCUGGGGGCGACUGGAGGUCUGUCGACUCCUUCUCCCAGAGGGACAUUGAGCAGGGGCAGGUGCGCUACCUGAGCACAGACCCCCAGCACCACACCGAAGACACCAGUGAGAAGAUGAUAUUUGAGGUGCAGGUGGGACAGGAGACCCUGACCAAUAACACCUUCCUGGUCACCAUCCAGAAGGCCGCCAUCCGGAUGCUAAGGCUCAUGCCCCUGCUGACCCAUGAUACCCGGCAGGAGGUGCUCACCACUGAGCAGCUAGAGGCCACUCUGGAGGAGGAGCCAAGUCUCAGCCCUGCUUCCUUCUACUUCGAGAUUAUCCAGGCCCCUAGGAAGGGUAACCUCCGACUGCACAGCAUGCGGCUGACAGAUAAGCAGGGUUUCACCCAAGAAGACCUUCAGAAGGGCCACGUGAGCUAUCGGGCCACGGCCCGGGCCUCUGAGGAAGCUGAAGACUCAUUCCUCUUCCGUGUCACGGCCCCACCACAUUUCUCCCCGCUCUACACCUACCCAAUCCGCAUCGGUGGGGACCCAGAUGCCCCGGUCCUCACCAACAUGCUCCUCUCUGUGCCUGAGGGGGGCAAAGGUACCAUCUCCCAAGACCACCUGUUUGUCAGGAGCCUCAACAGCGCCAACUACCUAUAUGAGGUCAUAGAAAAGCCACGUCAUGGCACUCUGGUGUGGCAGGGGACAGGGCAGGGCUCCGGGUCAGACUCCACACCAGUGACGACAUUUACCAAUGAUGAUCUGCUCCUGGGCCGGCUGGUCUACCAGCACGACGAUUCAGAGACCACAGAAGAUGACAUCCCAUUUGUGGCAGUCCGCCAAGGUGAAGGCAGCGGUGGCAUGGCCUGGGAGGAGGUCCGAGGUGUCUUCCGUGUGGCCAUUCAGCCAGUGAAUGACCACGCCCCAGUGCAGACGGUCAGCCGUGUCUUCCGUGUGGCUCGGGGUGGGCGGCGGCUGCUGACCACAGAUGAUGUGGCGUUCACCGAUGCUGACUCGGGCUUCACCGAUGCCCAGCUGGUGCUCACCCGGAAAGAUUUGCUCUUUGGCAGCAUUGUGGCUGCUGAUGACCCCAGCCGGCCCGUCUACCGCUUCACCCAAGAAGAUCUAAGGAAGAAGAAGGUCCUGUUUGUCCACUCGGGAGCUGACCGAGGCUGGAUCCAGCUCCAGGUGUCAGAUGGCCAACACCAGUCCACGGCACUGCUCGAGGUCCAGGCCUCCGAGCCUUACCUCCGGAUCACAAACAACUCCGGUCUAGUCGUCCCCCAGGGGGGCCAAGGGACCAUUGACACGUCUGUGCUAGGCCUAGACACCAAUGUGGACAUUCGUAGUAGCGAGGAGGUGCACUACCACAUAACCACUGCCCCGCGCUGGGGGCAGCUGCUCCAGGCAGGCCAGCCCACAACCACUUUCUCCCAGAGGGAUCUACUGGAAGGUGCUGUCCUCUAUCAACACAAUGGCAGCCGCAAUCCCCAAGAUGCCCUGGGCUUCUCAGUGGAGGCUGGACAGGUGACUGCAGAGGACACCCUGAAGGUGACUGUGUCCCUGGACAGACCACUGGCCCCUCUUCAGACGGUGCAUCAGGGGAAGAUCUACGUCUUCCAGGGGGAGGCAGCUGAAAUUAAGAGGGAUCUCCUUGAGGUGGCCCAGGAAGACGUGCCCCCUGAAGAGAUUGUCUACAAGGUGACUGACCCUCCAAGAGCCGGCUACCUAGUGACCGUCUCUCAGGGAGCCUCUACUAAUGAGCCGCCCAGCCUGGACCCUGUUCACAGCUUCUCUCAGGAGGAUGUGAAUGAGGGCCGGGUCCUGUACCUCCACUCCCAGGCGGAGGGCUGGACUGACCGCUUCACCCUGGAUGUAGCUUCCAGCGUGGGGACCACCCUGGAAGGCGUCCAAGUGGAGCUGCAGGUGCUGCCCGUCACUAUCCCCCUGGAGACCCGGAACUUCAGUGUACCAGAAGGUGGUGCCCAUCCCCUGGGCCCUGCGGUGCUGAGGGUCACUGGACCCUACUUCCCCACGCUGUCUGGCCUAGAGUUCCUGGUCCUGGAGCCGCCCCGGCAUGGGAGCAUCAAGAGAGGAGAGACACCCCAGGAUGGAAACCUCAACACCUUCACAUGGAAAGAGGUAGAGAAGCAGCUGAUCCGUUACAUACAUGACGGCAGCGAGACGCUGGCUGACAGCUUCAUCCUUGUGGCCAAUGCCUCCGAGAUUGACCGACAAAGCCAGCCAGUGGCCUUUGGCAUCACUGUCCUGCCCCUCAACGACCAAGUCCCAACCCUCACUGUCAACACUGGUGUGCAGAUGUGGGAAGGAGCCACAGCCCAGAUCACCCCUGAUAUCCUAAAAGGAGAGGAUGCUGACUCCGCACCUGAAGAUUUGAUCUUCUCCAUCGAGCCACCAACCAACGGGAGGGUGGUACUGAGGUUGUCACCAAGGACGGAGAUCCAGCAGUUCACUCAGGCCCAGAUCAAUAAUGGGCUUGUUCAGUUUGUCCAUGAAGGGCCCCUGGAUGGUGGAUUCCAUUUCAACCUCUCUGAUGGAGAUAAUGUCUCCCCUGGACACUUCUUCUCUGUAAAGGCUCAAAAGUUGCGACAAAUCACCGUGGAAAGCAACCAAGCCCUGACCAUCUGUCCAGGCGCCUUCCAGACCAUUACCAAUCAAAACCUGAAAGUGACCACCAAUGAAGAUACAAACCCCCAGCACCUGUUUUACCUGGUGGAACGGGGCCCUCGGCUAGGGCGGCUGGCCCAUUCUCGGCUGGGGAUCAGUGGGGAUGCCCUGAAGAACUUCACACAGGCAGAGGUGGAUGCCGGGGAGAUACUUUAUGAACAUGAGAUGCCUUCAGAACCCUUCUGGCUGGCCCAGGACACUCUGGGCCUCCGGGUAUCCUCACCCCCUGCCCGAGACGUUGCCAUCAGCCUUUCCAUUGCCGUGUCCUUUGAGGUCUCCUGUUCCCAGCGUUCUAGUCGCCUCUGGAAGAAUGAAGGUGAAAACUAUUUGUGGUCUCCUGGGUCCCUCGAGGGUCAGAGGGGAGAGAUCACCAGGGCAUCCCUGGAUGCCUCCAACCUCCUGGCCAGCAUCCCACCGCAGGAUCGGGCCCCUCCACAACAUAGUCUUUUAGUGACAGAGUUGCCAGCCAUGGGAAUUUGUGGGUGGGCAGCCAUCCACCUGGAUGCUGCCCAGCCAUUCCUGCAGUCUGACCUGGCAAGGGGGCAAUUGGCCUACAUCCCACAAGGCUCCGGAACCCAAAGAGAUGGUCUUCCAUUUCCAAGCCUCCAUCAGGCUGGGCAGCAAGACUCUGCUGAGCCCUCCACAGCAGAGCGUGGGCCAGUGAUCUCUGAGACUUUUCAAAUCACUGUGCGGGAUGUCAACGAGAAACCGCCCCAGCCCCAAGCUUCCAGGCCCCUGCAGAUCCUUCGGGGUACACAUGCCCCACUCUCUCGGGCUCAGCUAAGCGCUGUGGAUCCAGAUUCUUCUCCUGAAGAGAUUGAAUACCAAGUGAGGAGGGCGCCCCACAAUGGCUACCUCCUGCUAAUGGGCAGUCAGCCUUCCCCUGUGACUCGGUUCACCCAGGCUGACGUGGAUGCUGGGAGACUGAUCUUCACAGCCAACGGCAGCAGCACCCUGGGCAUCUUCCAGCUGAGUAUCUCUGAUGGGGCCAGUCCUCCUGUGGACACCUCCUUGUCUGUGGAUGUCCUGCCGUCCUCCAUUGAGGUACGGACCCGGUCACCACUAGAGAUACCCCAGGGCCUGAACUGGGCCCCACUGACCCAGCAGCACCUGUUUGUGAUAUCAGACCAAGAAGAGCCAGACGCCACCUAUUCCAUCACCCGCAUGCCCCAACAUGGACGUCUGCUGGUCAAUGGGCAGCCCAAAACAAGCUUUAGCCAGAAGCAAGUGGAGCAAGGAGAAGUGGCCUUUUCCUUCACCAAUUUCACCUCGGCCUCUGAUCAAUUCCACCUCCUCUCACUUGCCCGUGGCGCCAAUGCGUCAGCGACAGUGAACGUGACCGUCCGGGCAUUAGUACGGACGCAGGCUGGUGAACCCUGGCCCCAGGGCACCACCCUUCGUCUGGACACAGGCAUCCUGGAUGCUGGGGAGCUGGCCAACCAGACGCAGAGUGUGCCCCGCUUCCGCAUCCUCCAGGGACCACGGAGAGGACAAAUAGUGCAGUUCCCCCGAGAUGGGGACCGAGAGCCUCAGGCCCAACGGGUGGAGCUCUUCACCCAGGAGGACCUCCAGGAGGGGCUGAUCGGGCUGGAGCUGAGCAAGCCAGAGGGUAGGGAGUCCCCAACGCUGCACGAUAGCAUCACCUUUGAACUCUGGGCCAGGGGCGUGCCUCCGGCUGUGGCUUCUCUUGACUAUGUGUCCGAGCCUUACAACGCAUCUCGGCCCUACGCUGUAACUCUCCUCAUCUCUCCCGGAUCCUCCGAAACCAAGCGGGGCUCUCGGGGAGAGGACAGCUCCUCUCGGACGGUGACAGGGCCCAAGGGGCCUGAGAGACCCACCCCCCAACCUGCGCCCGCAGAAGGCGGCACCUUCCUCCGCUUCAUCGAAGAUAACAUGUUUAGCAUUAUUAUCCCCAUCUGCCUCAUCCUGCUCCUGCUGGCCCUCAUCCUGCCCCUGCUCUUCUACCUCCGCAAGCGCAACAAGACGGGGAAGCACAACGUCCAGGGUCUGUCGGCCAAGCCUCGCAAUGGCCUGGCCAGUGACGCCGAGACCUUCCGCAAGACCGACCCCGGCCAGACCAUCCCGCUGACGUCGGUGCCCGGCAAGGGGCCCGAGGCCAGGGGCCAGCAGGACCCAGAGCUGCUGCAGUUCUGCCGGACACCCAACCCUGCCCUAAAGAAUGGCCAGUACUGGGUCUGAGUCCCUGGCCUGCCAGGAGCAGCUCUGACGGACACUUCUCUCCCCUUCUUGGGGUCCCACUUCUACCUCCCACUUCCAUUUUCCUUACUUCCUUCUAGCCCUUCUAGCCCUUCUCAUUCCUUCCUCUCAAUGGGUUUCUCAGGGUGACCAAGGUGACCAACCCCAUCACCAUCCUAUCGGAUGAGAAAGAGAAACCCAAUAACUUGUGGGAGAGAGAGGGGAGGCCUAGAGGUGGAACAAAGACCCAGAAGGGUCAGGAACGAGGAUCAAGGAUCUUCCCCUCCCCCACACCACCAUGCCUACAGAACUCAGGAGGGUUAGUACUAGGAAGAGAAAGUGGGGGCAGGGAUGGAAAAUUGAACUAAGGAAAUGAAGCUGACCCUCUGUGGGGGGCCCCAAUUUGAAUAUUUAUGAGGCAGGAUGGCCGUAUGGGGAGACCAGUGGGAAGAGGGACUUGUGGGUCCAUCAAAUCCCACCUCCCGUUCCUGACAUGACCUUGGGUAAGUCAUGUCCCCCGAGUCAAGGGAAGGGCAAAGAGAGAAGGCUCUCCCCUUCUAGAGAACCUGGACAAUAGUGGAGAUUGGCUAGAGAUGGGGUUCUUCAGGAGUCCACACCUCAAGAUUCCACUCCCCCCAAUACAGACCCUCCCUUACUCUACAAUGGGGGAAACCACCUUCCCAAUCUGACUGCUUUGAGUUUCUGGGAAGGGGCUUCCCCUCAGGACCCAAGAAUGGUGGCAGCCAGGAGCCAAGGUCUUCCCCCUCAUAGAGGGGCCAGUGGGGAUAGGGGGAGAGAGGAGAGAUGAUGGCUCCUAUCCACUAGUGGCCACCCAGUCAGUAAGGUAAUAUAUUCAGGGUUUAGGGGAGUUCCCUGGGGGAGGGCAUCCACAUUUAUUUAAGGGAUAUUGCACAAAAAUCUAUUUAACACAUUGCUAAAGCGGACCAGGUUGGGAGCUUGCAAACAACCUGGGGAGCAAAGCACCAGGAUCCCAGCUCUGGGGUCCAGGUCAUGACAGAAGGGGGUUGACCGGCCGGCUCUCAGGGGUCACAGAGCAGCUGAGUCAGACAAUGGACCGGGUGCCACCUCUGGCACUGGAAUCCUGGGAAGAUGCCAUCAGGAAGACCUCAUUCUGCAAGAAGACCAAGGACCAAGUCCAGGAGAGACCCAGGGAUGCUAAGCCGGCAACCAGCCAUGACUGGCUUGGUCCCUCGGCACUCCCCCCUGUUGGAGAAGGUAGUGUUCCUUGGGAUUGUGUGGGCAUUCUCCGGGACCUCUAUAAAUGGUGCUUUGGUUGGUUCUCAACGUCUCCGUGUCCAAGCUGCCUUUAU